AUGCUGGCAAGCAGAGGGAGACCCAGAGCCGUGUUUCAGUUCGAAUCUCGACGCUCGGAGAGAGGGCCUACGCCCGGCCGAAGGCGCUCUGAUAGACUUCAGCCCAUCAGAAGGGAUGGCAUGUAUAAGGAGAAGACAUUGGAUGAUGUGAAGGGUUUUGACGAAGAAAGUGAGACGACCGAUGAGGAGACCACUGAUGAUGACUCGAGCGGGUGUGACGAUGAUGAUGAGACGGUAGCAGAGGGUACGUCCCAACCAGCAGACCCCCGGAAGCUCAGUGCUGGUUCUCCGACUGCUUUGAAAAGACCCGCCAUCGCACCACCUACUACCUCGCCUCGAGAGAAUAAGCGUGCCGUCAUCGAUGGCGAUACAUCUGGGAGAGCGACAGAGCCGAAUGCGACUCCGCGGUCAACGCAGUUACGACCAAUACCCCGGCCAGCGCGACAUGCAGCAGAGGGAGACAGCUCAGGCUAUCAGGGAACAACAAAGACCGUGCCACUAAAGCCCCCGGGUAGGUCGGCACCAAGGAAGUCACUCGGAGACGACUUCCAACUCGACGUGAACAUGUACGUGAUAGGCCAUGUGCAGAAAGUCAAGCGGCUGGAGGAGAAGUUGGAGCGGGCGCUGGCAAAGAACACAGAGCUGCAGUAUCAGCUUAAUGCAGUUCGAACACAGAGAGAUGAGCGAUCUGAGGCUCUGGCCAGGCGGGUGUCCGAACUGACAAAGGAGAAGACAAUGAUGGAUGAGAAGGCGCAAAAGGUUGAGGCCUUUUUUGAUGCUCUUAAGCAGCUUGACACUACUGGCGGGUUCGCUGAUAUGAUGCAGCAGGCGAGCUCAGCUCAGGGGUAG